AUGUCGCACUACAAGUCGGUGUCGCUGAAAGAAGACCAUGAACUUUCCCCGUCACCUAUGAUCAACUCUCAGGCUGAUCUUCAGUCGGACCCGUGGAAUGAUGAACUGUUAAAUAUGUACCAGGAUGAUCCACCCUUGUCUGAUAGAGCGGCGCUACAUCCUGCAGCAGCAGCAAGUUUCGUAGCACGGGCCCCUUCUCAAUCCCAAAGAAUGGCUAGCAUUCAAAAACGGAGGAAAAAUAGGCUGAUAUGGCUUGCCAUUAUAGCCGUAAUUCUGGCGCUUGGAGUGGUGGGUGCCGUCGUUGGUGUGCUUGUGGGGAAAAAAGGCACUUCGAACGAGACGAAGUCAGCCGACAACACCGGUGGAAGUGGUGGAAAUGGAAGUGGUGGAACGGGUGGCACUGGUUCAGGCAGUGGCACAGGAUCGUCUUCUCUCCUUUCGGGAACCAGUGGUAGUAAAGUCACUAUGGAAGAUGGAACGACUUUUGUAUACACAAAUGACUUCGGUGGAGAGUGGGCAGUCGACCCCAAACAACCCUUUGCAACUGGCGGUAAAGCACAGAGUUGGAGUCCUCGAAUCGGUACAGAGGAAUGGAAAUGGGGCACCGAUUAUGUUAGAGUGACCGAGCCUUUUAUCGUACCAGCGCUCUACGAGGCUUAUAUCGGCAAAACAAACAUUAAUGUCGUUGAUGAAUGGACACUCUCGCAGGCGAUGGGGUCAGAUAUCGCCACCAAGAUGGAGGAACAUUAUAAAACAUUCAUCACAGAACAAGACUUCGCUCAGAUAGCAGGUGCUGGAUUAAAUUGGGUUCGGAUUCCUAUUGGUUUCUGGGCUAUUGAGACUAUAAACGAUGAACCAUUUUUGACUGGUACUUCUUGGACUUACUUCCUUAAAGCUAUUCAAUGGGGAAGAAAGUAUGGCAUCCGAAUUUAUCUCGACCUUCAUGCGCUCCCGGGAAGUCAGAAUGGCUGGAAUCAUUCGGGAAAAAGUAUGCCCCGUAUCCUUCAUUGUGGAUCAGUCAACUUCAUGAACGGGGUUAUGGGUAUUGCCAACGCUGAGCGUACGCUCAACUAUCUUCGGAUUAUCACAGAAUUUGUCAGUCAACCUCAGUAUCGGGAUGUUGUCGGGAUAGUCGGCAUUGUCAACGAAAUCCUUUGGGACACAAUCGGAAAAGACGCAGUCCAGAGCUUCUACCUCAAAGCUUAUGAUACCAUCAGAAAAUCCACGGGGACAGGGACAGGAAAUGGACCGUACAUCGCCAUUCAUGAGGGCUUCCAAGGGGUACGAUUUUUGACUGGCGCAGAUCGGUUAGCCCUCGACCAACAUCCGGUGAGUGAUGGUUGUGUUUGGGGCCAUCAAGUAUGCGAAGAGCUGAUUGCUUUUUUCCGACCAAAUGUAGUACCUGGCCUUUAUGGCGAUUGGGCGAUCGCAACAAAUCAAUCACAAAAAGUGUUUGGAGUGACACUUGGUGGAGAAUUCUCAGCUGCAAUCAAUAACUGUGGUCUUUGGUAUGCAUACACUCCUGAUACCAUUGCUGCCCUAAAAAAUGUCGCACUGGCUAGUAUGGAUGCCCUUCAAAACUUUUUCUAUUGGACGUGGAAAAUUGGUAACUCAACAGCACUCGGCACGUCGUCGAGUCCCAUGUGGCACUACCAAUUGGGACUCCAACAAGGAUGGAUUCCAAAAGACCCACGCGAGGCCAUUGGGCAUUGUGCUUCAGUCCUUGGUUCAAGCCAGCUGUUCGAUGGCAAUUACCCUGCGACUGCUACCGGAGGAGCGGGCGCAGGUACCGUCGACCCCGCUCAAAGCACGUCCCAUCCUUUCCCUCCGGCCACUAUCUCGCCUUCUUUUUCAGGAACUCAAGUCGCUUUGUUGCCGACAUACACGCCAACAGGCACUUUGAAAACACUUUUUGCACCCACGUUCACAGCCGCACCUUCUGCUGUUGUCGGCUCAGGCUGGAAUAAUCCUGCAGAUAAUGCCCCUGCAUUCGUACCCAUUGCCGGCUGCUCGUACCCUAACCCUUGGGAUGCCGUCAGCGCAGCUUUGCCAACUACUACCUGCACUGGACCCUGA